GACAAACAUGGCCAAGGCAAGAUUUGGGAUCUUUCAAAGCUUCUUUGUUGUAACUCUUAUUUCGGUCUUGCCCAUUGAAGCCAUCUUGAAACGUCAUAGAAGAGACUGGAUGGAUAACUCACCUGCGACAUUCAGAGAAGGUGAUUUAGAGUGCUUUUCAGACUACAUGGAGAUGUGGAUCCACAGAAUGAGGAUUGAGGGUCUAAGGCUGUGGCUCUCAGGGGCCAUGAGAAUCCAAGUUGUCAACCUUGGUUCCUUGGACCGUCUAAAUAGCCAGCUCUCUGCUUGUGGAUUCGCACUGCACAAUGACCCUGACAAGAACUAUAUCUUUAGGGUCAUGUACACCGGGUGUUUAGUACAACAACAGUAUGGAAACAACGUCCUUGUGCUAAAUUUGGCAAAGGGAAUACAACGGUUUGGAGGCCGAACUCAGAACUUUAUCAUGAAGUGUCCUCUGGUUUCUGCACCGUCCAACACAGAACACAUUCAGUGUGACUCAGACUACAUCCAGGUGACAAGACAAAUUCCACAACAAGACAGCUGGAACAAUGAGCUUCAGUGGUCCCUUGCCUUGAGGGGUAGUCUGAUUGUGGCCCUUGAGGAUGCAAGCCUGAUCCAGUUAAACAUCGACAAGAUUGGAACCAGUCUUACCCUGCAGGGCAAGAGGAGUGAGAUCAUGAGUCCAGUGACAGUGUUGGAAAAGAUUGGGGAGUUCCUAGCCUUGAAGCUGGUCAGUGGGCAGUAUGCCUACAGCAUGGAAGCUACUUGUCCUAACGUAUCCCAGAUCUCAGCAGAGGAAACAGUGCUGCACAUUUUCAAGCGUCGCAUGGGCCUGACGAAGAGAGGAAGCUUCGAGAGCGACACCUUUACUCUGAGCAACGUCUCGGUGGACAAGACAGACGUGUUCACGGUACACGAAAACAGAGACUUCGUUCAACUGAUCAUCCCCACUGCCCUAAUCCUACAAACUAAGCCCUGCACCACGGACCAGGAGCUACUGCAGCCCUUCUACAGGGUCAAAGUUCAACUCACCUUUAAAGAGACCAACCACCAAAUGUACUGGAUUAUGGAGAACAGCUUUCCAUGCACAGUUUCAGGGACCAACGCUCCCAUUCCGACUCUAAGGCCUACCCUAUCCUCCAGUACCUCACCUGCUGAGGCCUACACAACAGGUUCAGAAACAACAGGUGAUCCAAGUACAACUCUGAAGCCUACUGUGUCUUACCCUACCUCAUCCACUGACGUCCUCAUGACCCUGGACGAUGACCAGAUCACAACAACUACUGCCACAAGGCUGCCUACCUUGUCUUACCCCCUCUCCAUGCCUGAGGCCUACACUACAGCUCCCGUGACCAAUCAACAAAGACUUCCUGUGACCCGUGAUGAAAUCACAAGGACUCCGAAGCCUACCCUGCCCUUCAGUACUCCAACACGUGAGGCCUUCACGGCCUACAGAACAGGUUCAGGGACUGACAUGCCUAUUGCAACAGCUCCCGUAGACCUCACCACCAUUUCCAUCCCAAACCCUUUAGAGGCUGCCCUGUCCUCUUCCACUGAUGUCUACACAACAGCGCCUGCCAAGCCCCCAGGAACAUCCACACACCUUCAUCUCAGCCCAGACCCACCUGUGGAGGCUGUCACCUGGACACACAUCUCCACCAGCUACCCCCCAGACCCUGCCACCACCACCUCCGAUUCCAACACCUACACAAGCAAUGUGACACCCCUGGAUCUGCAUGGAAAUGAGGCCACAAGGAACACAACGGAGGCAGCAGAUGUUGGUGGUGCUGGAGCCCAGGGCGGAGAGCCCCAGGGGGUGACCCCGGGGUCGGCUGGCACACGCCAUCUAAACCAGACUGAGUCUCACUCGCCCCAGGUCGGAAAUGGAACACAGGGCAUGGAUUUCCAUAGCAACUCUGGAACAACGGAAUCCAACAGAGCGGUGACGGAAGCCAUGUUCCAGGUGGGAUUCCAGUGAUCUAUUCAUCACAGCUGCAGCUCACCAGAUCCCCGCCCAGCCUAGCGAGCACAGCCCGUACCCCAUGCCCUGGGUGUUUUGAUGAUAUGCUGACACGGAGCGCAUGGAACCUGCCUGACGUCUGCUUUUCACACAUGAAAGUUACGGUGCUGGUCAUCUCGGUGAGGAGUUGAUUACACAAGCAUAGGUUCUGCUAGCCAUCUCUGCCAGCCAUGUCCUGGGGGCGAUGCUCUCCAGACACAUACAAACCAGCCGCUUUGGUAAACAUGUCUGCUGCCAGCCCGCAGGAAGGAGAGGGGGAGAGAGCGAUGAGCUCCCGUCAGGCACUGAUGCUCCCCCGGGCCACUGCUAGCCUGGCAGAUCGUCAUAACACCGGUUUGUCGUCUGAAAGGACGGAAAGAUUAUUUGAGGUGAACC